ACUUCCGCCCUCUUCCAAGAUGGCGCCGGCGGAAGGGGCCGCGUACCGCCCGGCGGGGAUGGCAGCGUCGCGGCUGGAGCUGAACCUGGUGCGGCUGCUCUGCCGCUGCGAGGCCAUGGCGGCGGAAAAGCGGGAUCCCGAGGAGUGGCGUCUGGAGAAGUACGUGGGGGCGCUGGAGGACAUGCUGCAGGCGCUGAAGGCCCAGACGUGCAAGCCGGCGUCCGAGGUGCUCGGCGAAUACUCGCGCAAGGUGGAUUUUCUCAAGGGGAUGCUGCAGGCCGAGAAGCUGACCUCCUCGGCAGAGAAGGCGCUGGCCAACCAGUUCCUGACGCCAGGCCGCGUGCCCACCACGGCCAGGGAGCGAGUGCCGGCCACCAAGACCGUGCACCUGCAGUCACGGGCGCGCUACACCAGCGAGAUGCGGAGCGAGCUGCUGGGAACCAGCCCUCUGCUUGCAGCACCGGGGCCGGACGUGAGGAAGCGCACGGCGGCGGCGGGGCCCCGGCCGGCGGCCGAGCUGGACCUGGCGCUGCAGCGGCAGCAGGAGCUGCAGGAGCAGCUGUCGGAGGAGAUGCUGGACCUGGCCCGGAGCCUCAAGUCCAACACGCUCGCCGCCCAGGGCAUCAUCAAGAGGGACAACCAGACGCUGUCCUACUCGAUCAAGAUGGCCGACCAGAACCUGGAGAAGCUGAAGGUGGAGUCGGAGCGGCUGGAGCAGCACGCGCAGAAGUCGGUGAACUGGCUGCUCUGGGCCAUGCUCAUCGUCGUCUGCUCCAUCUUCAUCAGCAUGAUCCUCUUCAUCCGGGUCAUGCCCAAGCUCAAAUAGGGCCGCCGGCCCCGCCCACCGCGCCCUCUGCACUCGCCACUGUCGGCCCCGCCCCUCGCCGCCGGCCCCGCCCACCGCGCCACCUCUCCCGGCCCCGCUCGUGCACCCUGGGAGGCCGCCGUGUUCCCCCCACCCGACUGAACCCCGGGCCCAGGCCCAGCCUGGCCGUGUGGGCCUCGGGGAGGGACCGCAGACGGGGCUGUCACCUCUCAGUCCAGGAAAAUAAACGCUCAGGAUAUCCUAA